UUGGUCUUUGAAGGAAUGCUAUGGCAUGGCCAUCGUUUAGUUUCAUUUGACGCGUCGUUUCGUAAUGUUCGGAGCUUUGCGUGCUCUUCAUGCAGUCGGAAUAUUGACAACGACAAUUUAAUGUAACGAUUGGAUUCAAUUCGGAUUCGAGUCAAGUGCUUAUUUAAAUAUUUGUUAGAAAGAACAAAUAAAAUCGCAGUGGAAUCUAUGAAAAUAAAAUAAAUAUUAAAAGAUAGAAGUCAUCGAAUUGGAAAAAAUCACAUAUUGUCUAGGCUGAUUAUGGAUAACAACAACGAAUCGAAUCAGGUCCAAACACCAUCAGCUUCGACGGACACAUUUAUGGGCUCGCAAGGUUACGGCUGGUUUCGCUAUAAACCGAAGUGUUUGCAAAGAUUUUGCACGGCGAAGUGGGCUUUGUUCUGGCUAUGCUGGGGCGGAGCAAUGCAAGGACUCAUAGUUAAUGGAUUCAUCAAUGUAGUAAUUACAACAAUUGAAAGACGCUUUGGACUGCGUUCCCGCCAGACGGGUUUGGUGGCAAGCGGCUAUGAUAUAGCCUCGUUUUUGUGCUUGGUUCCGGUGACGUAUUUUGGCGGACGCAUGGGGGCUUCUAAGCCACGUAUUAUUGCCUGGGGUGUUGUAUUGCUGGGACUGGGCUCGCUAACUUUUGCUCUGCCUCAUUUCUUGGUGGGACCCUACCGGGCCACAUUGCCAACAACCAGCACCUGCAACUCAAUCAUCGAUGGCAAUAAUACCAACCUCCAGACCUGUGAUGUGGUUAUCACCGACAUAACAUCGGAUCGAGACUACGUAGCUGAUGAAACGGGUGAUGCCAAUGGUGAUAAUCUAACCUGGACAGUGUGGUUGUUUUUUGCUGCUCAGUUGUUGCAUGGGGCCGGAGCUUCGCCCCUGUUCACCCUGGGUGUUACCUACAUCGACGAGAACGUUUCAAAGAAAAUGUCAUCCGUGUAUUUGGGCACCUACUACACAAUGACAAUGCUUGGACCGGCGGUAGGCUAUGUCUUGGGUGGACAAUUGUUGCUGAUCUAUACAGAUUUCCUUCGAAUCGAUGUUACAGAAUUAAGCCUGACCAGUGCCAGCAAAGUUUGGAUCGGAGCUUGGUGGAUUGGUUUCGUAUUUGCCGCCGUUGCCUGUUUCCUUUUAGCCAUACCGAUAUUCGGUUAUCCGACUGUACUGCCCGGUUCCGAAAGACUGCAACAGGAGAAAAUAUCCGAGGCAUACAAUGCCAACAAGAAUGUGGAACAACCCACUGCCCACUUCACCAAACUCAAGGAGUUGCCAAUGGCCUUGACGGCGCUACUGAGAAAUCCAACUUUUGUUUUCCUCAACUUGGCCGGUGCGUCGGAGGGUAUGAUAAUAGCUGGCUUUGCCGCUUUCCUGCCGAAACAAAUUGAAAAUCAAUUCAGCAUUUCACCCGUGUGGUCUGCCUUGCUGAUGGGCCUGAUCACGGUACCUGCAGGGGGCGGCGGUACCUUCCUGGGCGGUUAUUUGGUAAAGAAAUUCAAUCUCAAUUGUUCGGGAAUAAUAAAACUGUGCCUCGGGGUGACCGUCAUCGCAACGGUCUUUACGAGUUGUUUUUUGCUGUCCUGUCCUAAUCUGAAAUUUGCCGGAGUCACAACUGGUUACCAGGACACAACUCUACUGCACGGCCAGCAAAUGACAAAUUUCAAGGUCGAACUCGAAGCUAACUGCAAUGCCAACUGUUCGUGCAGUAAAUAUAUGUACGAUCCGAUCUGUGGCCGCGACCAUGUCAUGUACUAUAAUCCGUGCUAUGCCGGCUGUUCCGUCAAGGUAGCGCACAACGACAGCAAAUCUUACAGAGACUGCGGAUGUAUCCACACAACACUGGCUGCGUCCCAGUUCGAAGCGACAAACACAAUGUGUCCAUCAUCGUGCCAAUAUCUGCCAUACUUUGUCAUAUUGUGCUUCGUCCUGAUGAUGUUCACGUUCUUGGCCACAAUGCCGGCAUUGUCGGCAACUUUGCGAUGUGUUUAUGACGACCAGCGUUCCUUUGCCCUGGGCAUUCAGUGGAUAAAGGUGCGACUGUUGGGCACCAUUCCAGCGCCAAUGAUAUUUGGCACACUUAUCGAUGAAACCUGCAUUCUGUGGCAGGAGACAUGUGACGAACAGGCUGGAGCAUGUUUGGUGUAUGAGAAUUCACAAAUGAGUCGGUACAUGUGGAUGUUGGCCUUGACGGGCAAAUUGUGUUCGGUGGCAUUUUUCUUCGCUGCUUGGUGGUUUUACAUACCCCCGAAGGAAAUGCCACCAGCCGAGGACUACGAUGCGAAGGACGACACCAACAACUGCAACACCACUGCCCCGAUUAGCACAGUCGAGGGUGUGAUGGUGGCGGCAUCAACAAGUUAAACCAGCUGAGCCGAGCGUUCGAUGUUGAGGUUGUUACAUUAACAUCCGGCAAAACAGACCAACCCAUCCUUUACCCCCACCAGCGAAUCACUGUCAUUUCUGUUUUGUGAUACAACAAAAACCACCACCAUUCUGCAUCACCUAUCAUCAUCGUCGUUCACAUUGUGGUAGUAGCCGGAACAGCUGAUUUCAUUCAUCAAAAAGCUUGGCGGGAAAAUAAUAAAAAUAUACCAGCAGCAACAAAAGGAUCUCAUUGUCAUGCGCCCCAAAAACAUAUGUUAGGGACACACUCACACACGCACACGCAUAUGUAAACACAUUGUCAUAAUUAUAUACUAUAUACUUAGUCAUACAUAUAUACAUAACGUACACUUAAAAAAAUAAUUUUAAAUAGAUUCUGUCGUAUUAUGAAAAAAUAGAUGUGGAUGAGUUUCUUGUUAAAGCUCGGGUUAAAAUAAAUGUGUGGCUUUAAAAAAAAAAAAAAACAAGUUAAAAAGCAGUAAGUUCGGCCGGGCCUCCACCAUUUUGAACGAAUUUGGAAAUUUUCAAAAAAUGAAAUCCUUAAAACAUUCUGUUAAAAUUUUAAAAAUACCAAAUAUAGCCGUUAUAUUGGGGUCUAUACGACGUGGGUCUACAUAGGCAAUGUUUGUCAUAAACCAUUACCAUAUUCACAUUCGAAACUUGAAAUAAACGGUGAAUAAUGUAGCUAAAAUCAUCAAAAUAUCGUAUAUAGGGAGGUGACGUUAUAUCGGAGCUGUGCGAAGACCUGGACCUGCGUAGACAAUUUUCUGUCACAGGCUGUAGCAUCCAUUACGAACUUCAAAUACCACAUCUUAAACAAUUUCGGUGGGUAUUGUACCUAAAAUCGUCAAAAUCCCGAAUAUAGGGAGAUACUGAUAUAAGGGGCCUAUACGAAGACCUCCACCUGCAUAGAAAAUUUUCUGUCAAAGACUGUAGUUCCCAUAACGAACUCUAAUUACGUAAUUUGAAACAAUUCUGGUGAAUAAUGACGCUAAAAUCAUCAAAAUACCGAAUAUUGGGAGGUACCGGUAUAUGGGGGCUAUACGAAGACGUGGAACUGCACAAACAAUUUUCUGUCUUAGGGUGUAGUAUCCAUUUCGAACUUCAAAUACCAAAAUAGAAACAAUUCCGGUGAAUAAUGUCGCUAAAAUCAUCAAAAUACCCGAUAUCGGAAAGUACCCUUAUAUGGGGGCUAUAUGAAAACGUGGACCUCAUUUACGAACUUAACCUGCCUAUUGGAAAAAUAAACAUGUGUGCUAAAUUUUAGCCAUCUAUCUCAAUUCAUUCGAAAGAUAGCGAAUAAAUAUAUACUUUGUUGGGUCUGACAUGAGUAUUUCGAGGAGUUACAAACGGAAUGACAAAGUUAAUAUACCCUCCAUAGUAUGGUGGAGGGUAUACAAAAAAACCCACCAUCUCAUCGUAUGUAGGCAUUCUAUAGGGUAAGUGUACCAGUAGUCGGCACUUUAAGGAUUUUCGCGUUUUCAAUCGUUCACCAUUCUGAGUGGAACUUUUCAAUUAUUACAAAUUAAUUUAUUCUGAUUCGAAAUUUUGCAUAUUUUCUGCAAUAAUAAAUAAAGUUUUAAUAACUUUUUAUAA